GGAGUAGGAUCUUUUGACACCCUAGUAGGGUUAUGCAUUGAAAGUACAGGAGAGUAAACUGAAACUUGUAUACCUACACCGUCUGUGUGGAUCACGUUACAAAUUGUGUACGAAUCAAUCUAAUCCAGAAAGAAUCUAACGGAUUAUAACCCACCAAAAUUUCAAUGGAAUCAGUAAUCACGUAUCCUUGCUUGCAUCCGCUUUCUGCUUUUACCAAACCCAAGCUUGGAAGGCUCACGUUUUCUGCAAAAGAAAUUGCAGAUGGAUCUUUCUUGUUUACACACCACAGCAGCCUCCAACUUUCUAUAUCGAACAUUAGAGCUGAUGGCAACAGAAGAGCGAGACCUGCCCAAAGAAAUUCGGAGAGUGGAAGAUCAAUAAAUGGGGACGAUAACAAGACACCUCAAUCAUCAGAAGGUACAAUGCAUAAUAAAGACGAGAUACUUGCUCUUUUUAGAAGAAUACAGUCUUCAAUAUCAGGAGAAACUGCUUCCAAAGGGAGAACCAACAACCCAUCUGCUGAAUCAGUUUUAGAAGUUCUUCGUCAAUCGCGGAAGCCCAUUAAAGGGAAGACUUCAAACAGAGAAGGGAGCAUAGCGUUGGGUGAACCGAAAAAAGAACCAAAGAAAGACGAGAAGAUAGAUUUUGCAUCAGCGGAGGCCGAGGUGAAAACAAGUCGGUUGCCCUCAAACUUUGUAAAGAGGUCACCGAUCCCAUCUACGCUCGUUGAAAAAGUACAAGAUGAGGUAAAGAGUGCCACAAAUGGAGAGGAGUUGCAGACGAUGAAACUUGUUGCGCUCAAAGAAUUAGCAAGAUCUAGAGGAAUCAAAGGCUACUCGAAGCUGAAGAAAGGCGAGCUCAUCGAGUUGCUAAAGUUGACGUGAAGGUUAUUUCGCUUUAUUCUUUUUGUUUUAAUUUUCUUGUUCUAUUUUGCUGGCUUAGUUUUUUGAUAGGCACUUGUGUUGUUCAAUUCUUAGCAUUCAGAUACCUUCUUUCCAAAAUGAAAGAUACGGUUCGACUUUUGCAAGCGGUAUUUUUUGCGUUUCAACUUCAAGCGGUAUUUUUUGCGUAUCAACUUGUAACUUUUAGCGUUUAUUUUGUUUGAACGAUAUAAAAUUUCACAUGUUCUCGAA